AUGACAUGUUUAGCACAAAUCACAACUGAUUUUUCGGAGUAAAAUGCACCACAAGACUUCCUUAUUGAACAAUAAUUGAGAGAAUCGCCAUAAAAAUUCCCAAUCUAAUGGAUGAAGAAUGCUUGGGAUGAACUUCAAUGAAUAAACGGAGGGGUACGGGGGAGUGUAAAUUUGAGAAAAGAACUACCAAAAUAGUAUGAUCAAGCAUCAUAGGGGAAUGAGAUGCAAGAUACGGCGCCUUCUCUUGCUCCUGUUUUUCAUCCUUCUCACACUGAUGAUGAUUCAAUAACGCCCUCUUUAUUUCACGCGGCGCAUUAAAACAGUGUUCAACUUUCGACUAGCGGUUGGUAGCAGUGUGUAAAAGAAAUAAAUAAUCAAAGCGACCAUGAAGUGACAAAUAAAGUUGAAGAACAAUGAUCGCGAGAGGUCGAAAGAUUUAAGUUGCGGCGUGCGUUGGCCCCAGUUCCCGAUGUUUUGGGUGCAUAAGUGUUUGUGAAACGAGUUCAGUUGCACCCAGGAAACAAGCUACUUCGAGAUGCGCGCUGCCUACUUAUCGUGGACCCGGGGGUGACACUUUGCUAUUUCGCCAGUUUCCAACUCUCCCAAGAUCUUCGAACGCACUUUUUGCAGUCUUCCUUUUACCCGAUUUCGGAGGCGUUCUCCGAUCCUCGUGAAAUUCAGUGUGAUCUUCCUCUCAAGUUUAUGAAUUCAAUGUGAGAUUAACUGGAAAAUAUCUCUUGGGCUAAUUAAAACCGGGGUCACGCUGACUCCUAGUGCACAUUGGAAAAUCACAGUCCUCCUUUAUAACAUAGUGCAAAACUUCCAUAUAAGAAUGCUCCCGCGUUUCUUCUCACGAGAAACGCAUAUUUGAAAACUUGGUGUUAAAAGUUGUUCUGGAUUAACCUGUCUUUUGGGGUCCAGCAAGUUUAUUAGCUCUGUUUUCUAAAGGAUAAAACUUGACAAUGAUUAUUGUCAGUUUAAAUUGCUUGAUAAUCUAAUGAGAGAGAAGCUCCUAUUUGAGCCUGCAAAUAUGAAGACGGAAAAGAAAACAAGUGAACCUAGUUGUGUACCCACCGCAGUGGUGAAGGAGGAGCCUGAUGCGGAUCGUGUUAAAAUCAAAGAAGAAUCUGGCUCUGGAAAUAACGAAGACCCAACAACCGAGGACACAACCGAAUGUCCCAGAGAUCCUUCACUAGACCCGGCAAAUGGAGAAAACACAAUGUCAUCAGACAACCAAAACGGCAAUAACAAUCAACCGAUACUUAAUUCCGUUAAACAAGAGGAUAAUAAUCCAACGGACGAACUCUCAGGAGCGGAUUGCCCCACAAACGUUGGAAUUCCACCUGAAGGUGUUCAACCACUAGUGAGUAAUGUUCUGGCAAAACAAAUGGGCAGUGGUGCGAGUAGCGGAGAAGCUCAAUAUAUGCAACAGCAGAGUCAAAUUUUCGUGUUUUCAACGGCUUUGGCAAACAAGGGGGCGGAAGCAAUUAUGGCUGGUCAAUAUCCCUCGAUUAUUGCUUAUCAUUGUGCGCAACCGGGCACUAAAAAAUAUCUGGAGAAACAUCCGAACAAAAUAAAUCAAUUUCGUCAGAAUCCAGCAAAUUGGCUGAAUAAUCUCACGAAUUUGAAGCAAAAGGGUCAUCAGGGAGGUGCAAACAGUGGUUUUCCAACUGAACAACCGCCUGAAUUGCCGGCUCUCGAUCCAAAUGCGCCAUCAUUUUGGAAUGAGCAGCCCAAUAUUAGGAAUUUAAAUGGCAAUAAUUCCUUGGGUAAUCCGGAGACGUCGUUAGACGAGCCGAAUAUGGAUGUGCCUUGCCUCGUGCCCACCUCACCCAGUAAUCCAGCAAAUACUCAAGCGCCAACAAAUGCGGCUAUGGGUCACAGUCCGAAUUUACUGGGUAGCACAACAAGUCCAGGUCCCGGUGGAUUACAACCUUCUUUGCAGGGUGUCAAGGUUCCCGACGAGAAUCUCACUCCGCAACAAAGGCAGCAUAGAGAGGUCCAAUUGGCGACUAUAAGGAAGAUGCAGAUGAUACUCUUUCCACAGCAGAAAGAAGAUCCCACUGGGUCUUUGGAUGCUCUGCCAGGAGCAACUUCUACAUCCUCUUGCCCACCUAACGUUCCGCCAGUAUCUUUGCCGAAUCAGUGUCCACCCACAAUGGAUUGGCACAAACUUCAGCAUCCAUUUCUGGAUGGAAAGGGAAAGGUUGGCGUAGGAAGUCCCGGCGGAUCUCUUCGUGGAUCGGGAAUUGUUGGAGGAAUGCCUCGCAGUCAAGGACCACCACCUCCUUAUCAUCAGACAACAAGAUCUGCAAGUGUACCAAUUGCCAUUCAAAGUCCAAAUCCAUCCUCACCGAAUAAUCCCACUAGUAAUCUCUCAUUACCUUCGCCUCGAGCAAGUUCAGCUCUGAAUUCGCCAGCCGAUUGCAAUAGACAAUUUCAACUCGGUAAUCAGAGGUCGAGUCAUUUGCCAGGACAAAGUCCCACCAGUCAGGACUCGCCGACUCCGACUGUUGGCUCAGUGAAUACGGCUUCAUCAACGAAAUUAAAUCACAGUAAUCCAGGUACACCGGUUUCGCAUGCUCAUCUUGCCGCUCUGAGUCCCAGUGGAGCGACACCGCAAAAGGAUUCUUCACUCGAUUUCCCCAACAAUCAACCACCGAACGUGGAUGGUAUGUUCUGUCGGACGCUGCAAUCUUUAGCUCAACAAAAGCAGCAACUCGGAGGAGCGGUGAAUGCAGCCGGAGUUAAGGAAGCGAAUCUUAUGCCGGUACCAAGUCCACAGCAAAUACAGUAUCUGAAUACUUUCGAAGGCCAAGAACUUACAAUACAAAAGCAGCCUAACACGAGUCUCAAAGACGGCAGCUUACCCUCAAGUACAACCAGUAAUAGUGCAGAAAUGCCGAAUCGAAUGCUCACGGGGAACAUGGAGAACAGCAAUCAAUUCUCAAGAUCUGAAGCACCGAGUCCAUCGAUGGAGAGUACGAGUAGAGGAUUCACUGGUUCACUCCACAGUCCUCACACGCCUCACACUCCCCAUACACCGGGAAGUGUCACGCCACACACGCCCGUCGAUUCAAACAAGCCAAGCAAUAAAACGACAGCAAGCGCUCAAAGUAGUCCAGCACCGCAUAAUUCAAGUCUUCAGGAUGCAAUGGGACCACCAAGAGUCCCAGCAUCACCGAACACUAAAGCCGAAACAUCACCCCCCUCUGCAAAAGACUUACAACAGCAACAAAUCCAACAACAGCAGCAGCAACAACAACAGCAACAACAGCAGCAACAACAACAAAAUCCCGUCAAUCCUAACAAUCCCGGCCUAGUACCUUCCAUGGUUGGUCCAGGAGGACCUUUCCCCUGCAGUAGACCUCCCGUUAGUCAAACGUCGGACAACGUUCCACUGAAUCCAAACAAUAUGGGCGUUCGCCUCGGAGGUUUGGGCUCAAUGAAUACAAAUCACUUCGAUCCAAUUACAUCGUUAGCACAAAUGAGUCAACAAUUGACAAACACAGCGGCGAGCAAUGCACUUGGCAACGAGGGUGGUCCAAUGCAUCCGGGCAAUCCGGGAAUGAUGCCAUUUGGAAAUCCCCAUAAUAUGCACAUGAUGCAAAUGCAAGGCGGCGGUGAAUUGAACGGCGGUUGCCACAUGCCACCCACCAAUGAACCGGGCGACGUCACUGGGAUGUGUAUGGGUCUCGGGGGACCGCCAACGAGUUACAGUCCAACACCCCACACGGGCAGUCCUGGCGUGCCGAAUAAAAUGCAACAUCAUCACGGAAUGAUGCCGCAUGGAAUGAUGGGUGGAGGAGGCAAUAAUCCCGGCGGUGGUCCGCAUCCGAAUCCAAAUGUCGGUCCACAAGGCAGUCCUUAUCCUGGUGGUGGCGGUGGGGUUGGCGAAAAUCCUCAUGGACCACCGUCUAGACUCAUGCCCGGUGGGCACAAUCAUCCGCAUCCCCACGCACCACAUCCACAUGGUCAUCCACAUGUUCAUGUCUCUGGGCCAAGUCCUUAUAAUGGAGCAAAUAUUCAGGUGAAACCAAGUGCACCGAAUACAAUACAGUACUUACCGGCGAGGCCAAACGUCAGUCACGCGCCACGAGGACCGCCGAGUCUCGAUUUUCUGCAGCGUUUCACAAAUCCUCUUCCCGGCCUCGACAACAAAAUGUCAUCACCUUCCGCGAAUAUACACUAUUUUCCAAAUGGCUGUGUGCCCAAUAAUAUGGGACCUCAUCAGGGCAUGCCAGGUAACAUGGUGCCACACACGGGACCCCAAGGACUUCCGCCAGGCAUGGGAUCACCGCGAAUGGACGCACAACCAAUGAAUUCCCAAGUGGCGAUGCACUCAAUGAGGCCCGUCGGCGGCAUGGUCCGGCAGCAGCCCAUCAUGAGAAUGCAGCACAUGGUGGGCGGCGGUGUCUUCCCUGGCAGUCCCAUGGACCCGGACAAAGUCUUUCCCCCCGACAUGGUGCCAGGCGGUCAAAUGCCGGGGCAAAAUAAUAAUCCAGGAAUGUACGGCGCGGCAAAUAAGGGACCCAUGGGCCUUGGACCGCCACCGGAGGCGACGCAACCACUACCACCCAGUAUGGGCGGUGGUUCGAGUAAUUUUAAGAAUAGUCCCUUCGUUGGCGGUGGUCCAAGUAUGUCCGAUCCCACUUAUGCUCAGCAAUUUCAUAAUUUUCAACAACAAUUAUACGCUACUGGCACGAGGGCUAGUGGACCUCCUCCGCAUCCUAAUAUGCAUCCACAACCCAAUUCACAUUCACAUCAACAGUUCUUCAUGCCCAAAUAAAUUAUUUUUACUUUGGGCAAAAUUUUCUCCAAUUUUUUUCUUUUUUUUCGGUCUUCUUGAUAUUAAAA